GGAACUCAUGCCUUCGUUACCCACCACCAACUACAAGUACGACUACCAGCUCGUCCCAGACGACGGCGAGCACGUUGAGAAAAGGAGAGCCAACACAAAGAAGAGGCUGCUUUUCCACUUUGUAGCCGUGAUGGCGGUUCUGUACGCUGCGUUCAGCGGGAUCCGGUACGGCGCGAGGGCGGGGUGGCUGAAGGGGUGCGCAGGGAAGAUGCGCUACUCGACCAAGACGCAGCUGCCUAGUCAUUAUACCUUGCCGUCGGGGGACAAAAUUCCGAGCGUUGCGUUGGGUGUUUGGCAGGCCGGCAAGGGUGAGGUUGGUCAGGCUGUCAAGGUCGCACUCGAUGCCGGAUACAGGCACAUCGAUGGAGCUUGGAUUUACAGGAAUGAGGAGGAAGUCGGACAGGCACUCAAGGAAUCCUCUGUUCCUCGCGAGGAGAUUUGGUUGACCUCGAAGCUGUGGAACACUUUCCACGCUCCGGAAGACGUCGAGCCCGCGCUUGACGAGUCGCUCGCUAAGCUUGGCACUGACUACCUCGACCUAUACAUCAUCCACUGGCCCGUCGCCUUCAAGAAGGGAAGCAAUAACGAGCUGGACGAGCAACUCACGGCCGAUCCAUACCCGACAUGGCAGGCGCUCGAGGCGCUCGUUGACAAAGGCAAGGUCAAGAACAUAGGUGUCAGCAACUUCAACAUCCCUAGACUCGCGAACCUCACCGCGAACAACCUCAAGUACCGUCCGGCUGUAAAUCAAGUAGAGCUGAACUUCUGGAACCCCCAGCCGGACCUGCUCAAAUGGGCGAAAGAGCACAACCUCCUACUGGAAGCAUACUCACCGCUGGGCAGCAAUAAGCAGGUGAAGGAGACUUUGGAGAGGCCAGAGAUCCAGCAAAUUGCCAAGGAUCUCGGUAUCACACCCGCUCAGGUCAUCAUCUCGUGGCACGUCCAGCGCGGGACCGUCGUCCUGCCGAAGAGUGUCACCCCCUCCAGGAUCCAGGAGAACUUCAAAGUUACGGCUCUUCCCGACGACGCCUUUGCGAAGCUAGAAGCCGCCGCGACGGCGCACCCGCCUCAGCGGGUUGUUAACCCGAGCAAGAACUGGGGUCUGCCCUUCGACGUCUUCGAGGACUACCCGUACUAGAAGCUCGUUCUCGCCAGUUUGACCCCCUCCCCUGCGUAGUUCAGAGACGGCGGUGUAGUGUUAAUGUGUGGGACUCGAAGAUAGUGUUUUAAGUAGAAUAAGAAGGCGAGGGUUGUGUUUAGGAUUGUUGUUUUAAAAGUGCGAAGGAGAUGUAUUACCUGCGAGCACUCCACACUGCUGCAAAGUACAGAAGAGUACAGAUUGUUGAUGCCAAACCCAUGAAUGGUAAUAUUCCUUCCUAUUAUGGCUAAAACACC